CGUGGUGACCUCAACCACUCGGACAUCCGUGCCGUCUGCUGUUUAUCUAGAUGACCUGGACCAUCAACUAUACUUCUAGAAACAAAUUCUAUGCCUCUAGACUUUACUUAACGGUAAUAACCCCAUAUCACCUCCAACUUCGUGGCCACAACAACUAACAAUGAAAUUACAGCUCUACAAAUAAAGCUUUUGUUUAAAACAUCUGUAUUAACUAAAGCAAAGUAGAAAUUAAACAAUUUGGGAGUUAUUUGAUCGCUUAAUGUAUAUAAGAUUGGCAAAGUAAUAUAUUAUUAAAGAAUUUAUUAAUUUUUCAUGCCGUUGUGAACCAAAAUGGGGAAGUUAAAAGUUUUUUAUUGUUUGAUUCUUAUAAACACCUGUUAUGCGUUGUUUGGAUUCGAGCAAAACACACAUUCUCGUCCGUCAAUGAACUUCAACCUUUUCGGCAACAUGGCAUCACAAAAUAGGGCAUCAGCCAAAGUUGCUGCAAAGCCUGCGACACCCAAACCAUCUGGUAUCUUCUCACCAUUUAUAAACGCAUUAAGUCCACCAGGGAAUGCACCAAUACCAGUUAUUUCUAGUUUCUUUAAUACCCCAGCUCCAAGCACCAAAGAUAAUCCAUUCCCUAUAAUCUCAAGUAUUGUAUCACCAUUUGCUAAUGCGGCUUCUUCGAUCGCUUCAAGUUUUAUUCCGAAAGAAUCAGCUGAUUCAAAAUCACCGAAUUUGAGUUUUUCUGUGUCAGCUGAUUUUAAUCCUUCUCCUAAAAAGGAUAACCAAGUUGCACCUUCAAGUAACUCACCACCAGUAGCUCCGGCUGGUGGUACUCCAAAUGUUGGGAUAGAUCCGACUGCAAGUGGUAAUCCAAAUCCAAGUGCUUCUGCAAAUGUUGGAUCAAACACACCAAGUGCAGGACUAAGUUUUCCUGCUCCUGGGUCUAAUGCAGGACUUCAUGCUCCGAAUGCAGGACUUUCUCCUUCUGAUGGAGGAUUACCGUCUUUCCCUUCAAUCCCCAAUUUGUCACCAUCUGGCGGUAGUCCUAUUAACAUAAUACCAGUCAUUGGUAAUGGGUUGCCUAAGCUACCUGCUUUCGACCUACCAUCGCUUGGACUAGGUAAUGGCGGUAGUUCAGCGCCUGGUAGUACAACUCAGUCACCGAUAACGACAAAAUCUACAACAACCACAACUACACCAGCACCAACAACAACCACAACUACAACCACCACUACUCCGGCACCAACUACUACAAUAUCUACUACAGCGGCUACAACAACGGCGGCUACAACACCAGCAUCAACUGCCCCAGCGCCUAUAACUGCUGCGCCUACAACACCUGCAGCUACAACUCCAGCGGCAACAACUCCAGCGGCUACAACCCCGGCAGCCACAACUGCUGCGGCAACAACACCAGCUUCAACUACCCCAGCGGCCACAACACCAGCUGCCACAACACCAGCAGCUACCACUCCAGUCGCAACCACCCCAGCGGCUACAACCCCAGCAGCCACAACUGCUGCGGCAACAACCCCAGCGGCUACAACCGCUGCGCCUACGACACCAGCAGCUACCACUCCAGCGGCAACAACCCCAGCGGCUACAACCCCGGCAGCCACAACUGCUCCGGCAUCUACCCCAGUGGCUACAACUCCAGCCGCAACUAGCCCAGCGGCUACAACUCCAGCCGCAACUACCCCAGUGGCUACAACCCUGGCAGCCACAACUGCUGCGGCAACAACCCCAGCGCCUACUACCACUGCGCCUACAACACCAGCAGCUACCACUCCAGCGGCAACAACCCCAGCGGCUACAACCCCGGCAGCCACAACUGCUGCGGCAUCUACCCCAGUGGCUACAACUCCAGCCGCAACUAGCCCAGCGCCUACAACUCCAGCCGCAACUACCCCAGUGGCUACAACUCCAGCUGCAACUACCUCAGCGGCUACAACACCCGCUGCAACUACCAAAGCACCGACAACCGCUGCGUCUACAACACCUGCAGCUACAACAUCAGCUGCUACAACCCCAGUAGCCACAACCCCAGCGGCUACAACUCCAGCUGCAACUACCUCAGCGGCUACAACACCCGCUGCAACUACCCAAGCACCUACAACCGCUGCGCCUACAACACCUGCAGCUACAACACCAGCUGCUACAACCCCAGCAGCUACUACCCCAUCGGCUACACCUCCAUCCGCAACCACCGCAACAGCUUCAACACCAGCAUCUGCUGCUCCAGCGUCAGCUGGAGGUAGUUUAUCUCUACCCACACCGACAGGUGACAUCGGAAUGACUCCACCUGGUUUACCAAAACUGCCCGAAGGACUACCAACUCCAAAUGUUGGAAUGCCAGAUAUAGCCAAGUCUUUGCCCGGAUUAGGCAAUUUACCAGGAAUGGGUAAUAUAGCUCCACCUACAAUCCCAGGAUUAAAUGGAGGUUUACCAGCGAAUAUAGCUUCAUCACCAGAAAUUGGAAAGUCUCCUAAUUCAGAUACAGCAUCACCAGAAUCAAGUGGUUUCCCAGGAAUACCUGACUUGGCGCAAAUGGCCAAUGCUUUACCAGAAAUGGCGAAAGCUAUGCCAGAGGCAGCUGCCAACUUAGCAUCCCAAGCUUUAUCUGGAUUUGCUGAUAUUGGUAAAUCAAUAGCUGAUUCUUUACCUGUACCUAAGGCAGGAUCCAAUGAGCCGUUGAAAGCUGGUGUUAGCUUGCCAAUACCGCAUAUGCCCGGAUUGCCGGCUGUCAAAUUGUCCGGGCAAGCUGAUAUCAGAAUGCCAGAGCCGGGGACUUUCCCCGGGUCUGAUCUUCUGAAGUUAUUGACGAAUCCUGGUGGUGCCGCAAAACCCUCGUCAGAGUCUAAUGCACCAUCGGGAGCUGCACAGGUAUCACCACCAGGUCAAGCAUCUGGUAAUAUUGGAGCUUCUGGCUCUGGAGUUACCAACUCAGGAACCGGACCUGCUUCAGGGGGUUCACCUCUUGAUGUCGCAGCGAAUUUCAUUAAUGCGCCGGCCAAGAUAGCAGGUAAUUUUGAGGAUACUUUUUUUGCUUUGAAUACAAAGAUAGCGCUGGGAAUCGAAUAAUAAACAAAUACAAAUUGUAAAUCAGUGUCAAUGGGCACAUUGGCCAGGAGCCAAAUCCUAUAUGAGGUUUGAAGAUUUUCAUUGUACAUAUUUAACACAAAUCUACAUUUUUUAACACAACUUUUCCUCUAAGGUAUUUAUAUAUUUUUGCCGCGGGGAGUUUCGCAAACAUUCAAGUCACAUGCACAAGACACCCAGACGCAGGACAAGCAUUAAUGGAUCACACAAAUGCUUGUCCUACGAGGAUCGUGGCAACACACCGCGAAAAGUUUAAAUCUCAUUGGAAAUGUUUAUUUUUGC